UCCCCGCAGCUCCGGCCAGAAGAAUGGGACAGGGAUCCGGACUAUGGACGCUAUGAGCACGGCGAGCAGCGCGUGGGGACAUGAGGACACGGAACCGCUAGAUUCCUCUUUAUAAAACACAAUCAUCACUAUUAUCACGAGUUUUCCUUCUUUCUUCAUCCCCCCUCCGGGCGCAGGGGUAUUUAUUGGAGAGCAGAGGAGAGGAGCCUCUUUGUCAUCCCAUUUUCCUGGGAUCAAGGCCCGGUGACGGGAGUCAAGUGCCGCUUUCGUCCGACCUUUAACCUCAGUGGGAAGAAGGGAAAACCACUUCAGAGAUGGAGCAGGUGUCCGACGACGAGCUGGACCACGGCGCCGAGGAGGACAGCGACAAGGAGGACCAGGACCUGGACAAGAUGUUCGGAGCCUGGCUGGGAGAGCUGGAUAAGCUCACUCAGAGUCUGGACGACGGCCGGCCGCAGAAGGUGCUGCAGAAGCCGCCUCUCAGGCAGGAGACCAACAUGGCCAACUUCUCCUACCGCUUCUCCAUGUAUAACAUCAACGAGGCGCUGAACCAGGGCGACACGGUGGACCUGGACGCCCUGAUGGCCGACCUGUGCUCCAUCGAGCAGGAGCUCAGCACCAUCUCCAGACCCAACUCCGCCGCCCGCGGCCAGAGCAAGGGCCAGCAGAGGGGGGGCCCCGGGGGGCGCAGCGCCAGCGCCAAGCACUCGGGCGGCGGCGGGAGCAGCGGAGGGAGCACCAGCAGCAGCACCCGGGCCUCGCCGGCCAACACGGUCCGGGGCGGCAGCCUCAACGCCCGCCCCGCGGCGUCCAACAUCUCCCUGGACGACAUCACGUCGCAGCUGGAGAAGGCGUCCCUCAGCAUGGACGAGGCGGCGCGCCAGACCUCCUCCUCCUCCUCCUCCUCCUCUUCAUCCUCUGUCUCCUCCGCCACGCUCCGCCGGCCCUCGUCCGGGUCGUCGGGCGGCGGCGGCGGGCAGCACCGCAGGACGGGCUCCGUGGGCGCCGUCGGCGAGCAGGAGGCGGCGUCGCAGCGCUCCAGCGUGAACUCGGCGUGCGCCUCCGCCUCCAGCAUGGACUCCCUGGACACCGACAAAGUGACGGCAGGAGACGUGGAGGGGCGGAGCAGUCCCGGCUCUCAGGGCCAGAACCAGACCAGCACAGAGCAUGUCACGCUGCGGCGGCCCCACGGUAAGGCGGCCCGGCGGCAGCUUGACUUCGCCUCGCCGGACGGCGAAGUGGACCGAGCCACCCACUCCUAUCUGGACCGAGAAACCUCGCUCAUUCUGAAAAGCAUAGCUGGAAAGCCUUCUCACCUCCUGACCAAGGAGGAGCAGGCGGCCAAGCUGAAGGCCGAGAAGAUCCGAGUCGCCCUGGAGAAAAUCAAAGAGGCGCAGGUGAAAAAGCUGGUCAUCAGGGUCCACAUGUCGGACGAGAGCUCCAAGACGAUGAUGGUGGACGAGCGGCAGACGGUCAGGCAGGUGCUGGACAGCCUGCUGGACAAAUCGCACUGCGGCUACAGCCCCGACUGGUCCCUGGUGGAAACCAUCACCGAGCUGCAGAUGGAGCGAAUCUUUGAGGAUCACGAGAACCUGGUGGAGAACCUUCUGAACUGGACGCGGGACAGCCACAACAAGCUCAUGUUCAUCGAGCGCAUCGAGAAAUACGCUCUCUUCAAAAACCCUCAGAACUAUUUGUUGGGGCGGAAGGAGACGUCUGAGAUGGCCGACAGGAAUAAAGAGGCUUUAUUGGAGGAGUGCUUCUGCGGCGGCUCGGUGUCCGUUCCUGAGAUCGAGGGCGUCCUGUGGCUCAAAGAGGACGGGAAGAAGUCCUGGAAGAAGCGCUACUUUCUCCUCAGGGCCUCGGGGAUCUACUACGUCCCCAAAGGCAAAGCCAAGGCGUCCAGAGAUCUGGUGUGCUUCCUGCAGCUGGACCACGUCAACGUGUACUACGGCCAGGACUACCGCAGCAAGUACAAGGCUCCCACCGACUACUGCCUGGCGCUCAAGCACCCACAAAUCCAGAAGAAGUCUCAGUACAUUAAGUACCUGUGCUGCGACGACGUGAGGACGCUGCACCAGUGGGUGAACGGCAUCCGGAUCGCCAAGUACGGGAAGCAGCUGUACAUGAACUACCAGGAGGCCAUGAAGAGGACGGAGGCGGCCUACGACUGGUCGUCGCUCUCCACCUCCAGCAUCCGCUCCGGCUCCAGCUCCGCCAGCAUCCCCGAGUCUCAGUCGAACCACUCGGGCCAGUCGGACAGCGGCGUGGACAGCGGCUCCUCUCACGGCCGCUCCCAGAGCGUGGUCAGCUCCAUUUUCUCCGAGGCCUGGAAGAGAGGCACGCAGAUCGAGGAGAACACCAAGAUGAGGAUGGAGGCUUCUCGAGGCGCCACGCUGCCACACCCCUCCCACAGCCACCGCCACCACAGCCAGCACUCCCUGGACCACCCGGCCCUGACCCCGCCCCCGCUGGCGCCGCCGGCGCAGCCGCAGCACCAGCAGCAACCCCCACCGCCCCAGUCUCCCCAGCAGCCUCCGUCGCCCCCCCAGGCGCCCCCGGGACCGCCGCCGCCCCCGCAGUCUCCACAGAAGCAGCCGCCGCCGCCGCCCAUCAGCAGUUACAACCACGCCCCGCCGCAGCCCCAGCAGCAGCCGCCGGCGCCGCCGUCCCCCCCUCCGCCGCCGCCCCCCCCGCCUCCCCCUCCGCCGCCGCCGCCCCCGCCCUCGGUCCAGACGGUGUCGUACCACUCCCCGGCCCCCACCAUGUACAAGUACAGCACCAUCACGCGGCUGCAGGGCGCCAACCACCACAAGCUGCCCGGCCACGUCAAGGCCUUCGGCCAGCCGGUGCUCCCCGUGACCCCGGCCCCGCCCCCCGCGCAGGUCGCCAAGCCCAACGUCAAUCACAUUGCGGCAAGGACUAACGUCCCGCCCCCGCCUCCGCCGCCCCCGCCGCCCUGCAUGCCCGCCCCCGGGUCCGCCAUGGCGGUGCUCCGGCUGGGCCCGCCGAGCCCCGCCGCCCCGCCCGCCUUCAUCCCCCCGCCGCCGGCUCCUCCGCCCGCCCCGCUGACCAACGGAGUUACGUAUCCCCCUCCUCCUCCUCCGCCGCCGCCCCCUCCACCCCCCUGCGCCCCGGCCGCCGUCACUCAGCCGGUCUUCCAGAACGGGCUGAAGCGGGCGUUGAAGGAGCGCUUCCCCAGCCCGCCGCGGGACCUCCUGUCUCCCAACGGGGGGCUCGAGGAUUCCCCGCCGCCCGCCCCGGCUCCGACGCCCCCCCCGCCUCCUCCUCCGCCCCCGCCGCCGCCGCCUCCCCCCCCCCAGCAGUUCCCCAUCCCCUCCCAGUUCCCGCCGCCUCCCGCGCCCCCGCCGGCCCCGCCGAAGACCUUCACCCCGGGCUUCCUCCCUCACGCCGCGCCCAAGCCCAUGUCGCCGGUCUCGCCGUUCCCCCCCGCCCCGCCGCCUGCCGCCAUGUGUGGGCCCACGCCGCCUCCCCCGCCGCCUCCCCCUCCGCCCGCGCCGCUGAAGAAGCAGUUCAGCCUCCAGGCGGGCCACGCCUCCGGUCACCCCCCUCCCACGCUGCCCAAGCAGCACAGCCUGUCCAAACCCGCCGGAGCCCCGCCCACCAUGUCUCUGGUGAAGCAGCUCGCCAGCCAGUUUCCGGGGGCGGCGCCGUGCCAAAUACCCAAUCACGCGGAGAGCCCCAAAGCCCCCCUCUCGCCUCCGGCGGUUAAAACCAAACCAAAAUGGCAGCCCGGCGGGGGCCAGCAGCUGCAGUCCCCGGAGUUCCCUCCUCCUCCGCCGGACAGCAGCAGCAGCGGCUUCCCAGCACCCCCCCCUCCUCCGCCGCCUCCCCCGGCACCCGUCACAGGCCCCACGCCCCCCCCUCCCCCCCUGCCUCCUGGAAACCUGGGCUCCCCCAUGAGGAGGUCGCCGCCCUUCGCCGGCGGCGCCGCCGGGCUGAAGCGAGCGCCUCCGGCGCCGCAGAGGAACUCCAGCGUGAAGGGCGACUCGUCCGCCUUCUACGAGGAGUCCCGGAGGAACCUGCUCAGUAAGUUCGCCCCCCAGAGCCACGGCCCCUCGUCCUCGCCGUGUCCCGCCUCCUCCUCGUCCGGAUCUCCUUCCAAGGACCCCUCCGGCGGCCCCCGCGCCCCCCCUAAACCAGGAAAGCUGAACCUGUCCCACCUGCCGCCGGCGCUCCAGGCCAAAGUGAGCCAGGCCAAGCAGUCCGGCGGGGACUUCCCCUCCCCGCCCCCCGACUGCGCCUACUUCCCCCCCCCUCCGCCGGCCUCCGAGCUCUUCCCUCCUCCGCCUCCUCCGGGUAACGACGCCCACAGCGCCGGGCCCCCCCGGGUGGCGGUGGUGAACCCCCAGCCCCAGGCCCCGCCCCCCCCGCCGCCCGUCUCCCUGGUCAGCAACGCCACGUGGGGGAAGAGCUCUCUGAAAAAGACUCCCCCGCCCACGCUGGGGCGGCGCAGCAACGCCGCCCCCGAGCCGCCUCCGCUCUCCCCCCCGCCGCCCACCUCCCCCAAGGGAAGCUCGGGCCAGCCCAACUUCCUGGAGGACCUGAACCGGACACUGAAGCGAAAGUCGGUGGGUCGCCAGGGUUCGGUGAACUCGGCCGGCCUGCCGGGGCGGUGCGACCCCGCCGGGACCAUGGACGACAUGGCGCUGCCCCCGCCGCCCCCCGAGCUGCUCCUGGACCAGGGGAAGCAGAGCAACGGCGGGAACGGCGGCUACAUGUCCGGGAACAUCUCAGGCUAUGCAACGCUGCGGCGAGGGCCCCCGCCCGCCCCGCCCAAGAGGGGCGACACCACCAAGCUCACUGGAGAGUGUUGAACGGACUCGGCGACUUCCCGGACUCCUGUUUGACAGCGAGAGCGAGACGACUGUAUAUAACCAACAAGCCAAACCAGACCCGGGUCAGGUAUUGCUUUUUUUUUUUUUUUUUUUUUUUAACGUUCGUGUUUCCGGAUGUGCGGCGGCGGCGGCGGUGCAAGUUCACGCCGGAGCGGGUCAGUUUGAGGUCACGGGAAGUGAGUCCGAAUCAUCUGUGACUGUCUAAACUCUCCGGCGCGCUCCGCACCGGCCGCCCGAAGCGAACUGGACCCGGGUCUGAGCCGGAUUAUGUACCCGCCUUUCUUCUUUUUUUUUUUUUUUUUUUUUCUUUUGUGCCACGUUACUGGAGAUGAGAACGAAAGGGAAGCCCCCCCCGCUCCGGUACCGCGCGGACGGCACGUGGCGGCGGCGAGCUGUUAAAUCACGAAGCUGCUCUGGUUGCGUGUGCAUGUGUGAGAGAGCGAGCGAGCGAGCGAGCGAGAAGCGCAUGCGUGCAUCGUGUGCGUGCAUGCUGUGUAUGGUCACAUGGUGGUGAGGUAGUUUAGGGGAAGCCCUUUUAUAAGAAAUGUAUUUAAUGACUGACAAAUGGAAGGAUUUUUUUUUAUAAGUGUCUUCAACGGCUGGUCGACGACGACGACGACUCGGAGAGGAGCGGAACAACGCGAGAGGGACGCGAUGGAAUGUAUAGCGAAACAGAACUGAAGUCAACGAAUCCAAAUACUCAAACCUGUCUAUUUCAAGCAUUUCUUGACACUUUCAGCUUUGUGGCAAAUGCAAAUCAGAAGGAAGCCUUAUUCCCAAAGUCUUGCGCAGAGGUCAAAACAGAGGAGACA